UACAGCUGGACUUUGUGGCUCAAAGAAGAACCCAAGAUUCAGGAGGCCUACCGCAUGCUGAAGAAACAAGGCCUUGUGAAGAAGGACCCUAAACUCCCAGACACCAUUGUGAUGCCUCCUCCCUCACAGAGAGUUGAGGACUCUGUGUUCAACCAGGAGGACAAGGCCAAGUUGUUAGCCACACUCCUGAAGAGCAGUAGUCCUGAAGAUCUGCAGACAGCCAACAGACUGAUCAAGAACACCAUCAAAGAAGAGCAGCAGAAAGCAGAGCUUGUAUCUAGACGUGUCUCUACCCUGGAGGAGGUCGCUAGCAGAACCAGAGAGCUGAGAGAGUUACUACAGCAACACGGUCUCACUGGGCCCUCCACACACCACACUGACCACCUGAAGGCCCUCUACGAGAGCUGUGAUAGGCUCAGACCCAACCUUUUCCGAUUGGCCAGCGACACCGUCGACGAUGACGAAGCUUUAGGUAACUUAUCUACGUUUAUUAUUUAGGCUCUAUGUAUCCAGAUUGUCUAUGUAUCCAGAUCUACGUUGAUAAUUUAGUCUCUAUGUAUCCAGAUUGUCUAUGUAUCCAGAUCUACGUUGAUCAUUUAGUCUCUAUGUAUCCAGAUCUACGUUGAUCAUUUAGUCUCUAUGUAUCCAGAUCUACGUUGGUCCUUUAGUUUCUAUGUAU